AUGUCCCGAGGGGAGGCCGAGGGGGUCCCCGCGACCCCCGGGCCCCCCCCAGGCCCCCCCCGGGGACCCCCCACGGUUUUUGUGCUGCUGGAGGGGCCGAGCACCCCCGAGAGCCUCCGGCUGCUCAGCCUGAGCUCGCUGCUCCCCGAGUCCGGGAUCGUGGCCGACAUCGAGUGGGACCCGCCCGGGGGGGGAGGGGGAACCCCCGGGGACCCCCCCAGUGACCCCCAGGGGGACCCCUCUGGGGACCCCCACCCUGGAGACCCCCCCGGGGACCCCCCCGGGCCGUUCUACAGCCUCAAGAGCCAGCCCCUGCCCCCCCCCAGCUCGGGGGCCCCCCCGGCCGCCCCCUCCUCGCGGGUGUUGCUGCGGCAGCAGCUGAUGCGGGCUCAGGCUCAGGAGCAGGAGCAGAGGGAGAGGAGGGGAGGGGGCGCCCCCGGGACCCCCCCGGGACCCCCCACCCCCGGCCCCUCCCCCGCCAUCGCCGUGGGGGCCCCCCCAGGAGCCCGAGCCCCCCCCCAUGUGCCCCCCGAGGUGCUCAAGGUGCAGACCCACCUGGAGAACCCCACCCGGUACCACCUGCGGGCGGCGCAGCGGCAGCAGCUGCGGCAGUACCUGAGCCACGCCCGCGGCCGGGGCGGAGAGGCCGGCAGCCCCCCGGGACCCCCCCCCAGCACCAACCCCCCCGAGCCCCCCCUCAGCCCCCCCCCGGCCCUGCUGCACCACGAGAAGGAGAUCGAUGACGUCAUCGAUGAGAUCAUCAGCCUGGAGUCCAGCUAUGACGAGCUGCUGAGCUUCGGCCCCGCCGAGCCGCUGCCCCUGCCCAGCACGCUCCCGGCCCCUGGGCCCCUCCUGGAGGUUUUCAGCCCCCCCCAGGGCGGGAGCAGCUCCUGCCCGGCCGAGCUGCCCCGGGUCAAGGCCGAGCUCUCGGAGACCGAGGCCAAGGCGCUGCUGAAGGAGCGGCAGAAGAAAGACAACCACAACCUCAUCGAGCGGCGCCGACGCUUCAACAUCAACGACCGGAUCAAGGAACUGGGGACCCUGAUCCCCAAAUCCAGCGACCCGGAGAUGCGCUGGAACAAGGGCACGAUCCUGAAGGCGUCGGUGGAUUACAUCCGCAAGCUGCAGAAGGAGACGCAGCGAGCGCGGGAGCUGGAGCUGCAGCAGCAGCGCCUGGAGCAGCAGAACCGCAGCCUGCAGCUCAGGGUGCAGGAACUGGAGCUCCAGGCCCAAAUCCACGGGCUCCCCCUGACCCCCCCCAUGGCCGAGGGGGGCUCCGAGGAGCCCUCGGGGGGCCCCCUUCCCCCCCACCCCCGGGCAGUGCCUGCUGGAGCUGCCCCCGGGGCUGGCGCUGCCGCUGGCGCUGGGGGGGCCCGAGGGGACCCUCGAGGACAUCCUGAUGGACGAGGGGGGGGCGCUGUCCCCGCUCGGCCCCCCCGGGGCCCUGCUGGCCUCGCCGGGCCCCUCGCGGGCCUCCAGCCCCCGCAGCAGCCUCAGCAUGGAGGACGAGCCCUGAGCGCCCCCCCAGGCUCGGGGGGAACUUUUGGGGACCCUCCCCAUCUUUAGGGCGCCCCCGCCCUCCCUGAGGCUGUUCCGGGUGGGCCCCACCCGGUGCCGUUUGAAGAGUCUUAAAGCGGCCGCGCGGUUUUCAGUGGAGGCCCCGCCCCUUUGGGGCGUGUUGCCCUUUUAAGGCGCCCCGUGUGGGCCCCGCUCUUAAAGGGGCUCGGCCGGGCGUGGCCCGUUGGAGGGGAGGGGGUGUCCCCCCUCAAUGUGUGGCCCCUUUAAGGCGCUGGCGUCGGGCCCCACCUGGGCGUGGCCCUUUGAAGGUGCCGGACAACGCCCCGCCCCUCCGUGAAGCCACGCCCAUUCCCCAGCUCACCCAAUCAGGAGGCUCCGGGGGGCUGGGCCCUCGUGCGAAGCUCCGCCCCUUUCGCUGUCACUCACAUUGACCCCGCCCACCACUAACUCCCCGGACCACGCCCCCUUUUAGAGGCCCCGCCCACCGGCCCCACUUAAAGGGCCACGCCCCCAUUUACAAACCCCCCCUCCCCCAAUUUUGUACUGGACCCUCACGUGGGAAAUAAAAAUUUGUUAACGA